AUGGGCUUCAAGAAAGUACCUGAUAGGGGAUCGGAUGAGGAGUUUCCCAAUGUUCGGGAGGCCUCCUGGUCUAGUGGGGCCAAGAAACGAAAGAGAGGGCGGCCGAGGAUCCACAAACUUCCUGCAGAAUCAUCAUCAACAAACCUCCCUCAAACAACGACUUACUCUUUCCAAAACCAUGAACACAACAUUCUGGAAGAAGAAAUACCUCAUUAUCCGGGAGAUCUAACUGAUCAGCAGGUACUUGAUAACCUGAGACAGCUAGAUGACGACAGAACGGGAGGAAAGUCUCAAAAUGAUUACCUGAGGGAAUGGCUCCCGAAACGAGAGGUGUAUCUUGGAACAAUGAUUGGAGGAGAAGCCCCGGAUCCGGAUCUGAAUGGACGGUGUCAGCAAUGUCAAGGAAUGUCUGGAGUGUGGAGAUGUUGCCAAUGCUUUGGCUCUAGAAUUUUGUGUUCUGAAUGCCUGCGAAGAAACCAUCAAUUUACACCUUUCCACCGCGUUGAGAAGUGGACGGGUCUAUAUUUCCGUCCGGGAGCUCUGUGGGAAGUGGGUGUCAAGUUGUAUUUGGGUCAUAAUGGGAAGCGGUGUCCUUAUCCCACGGAUCCGAGCCAUCUAGGAUGCGACGGCGGAAACAAUUCAUCCGGGAGUCAUGGGCACGGCGGAAACAAUUCGCCCAUCUUUGAGGAUGAACACGGAUUGGACCUGGAUCCGCUUCCUGCGAGCAAUGACCAAGAAUCCUUUACGGCUCAGCUUCUGGCGGACCCGGAGGUACCCCAUUUGGUUGAGCUGGACGAUGGAGACGAUGAAGACGAUGAUCUAUUCGAGGAAGUCGAUACAACCUAUCUGGACCAACCUCGUCCAAAGGCAGCAGACAACAAUGGAAUUCCUUUCAAGGCAAUUGUGCACACCUCCGGAGUCCAUUAUCUGCCCGUGCGAACAUGCACAUGCCGGUCCGUCCGCCUUCCGUCUAUCGAUUUACAGUAUCUGGAGAUGGGAUUAUUUGCAGCCAGCUUUGAAAACGUUCAAACUGUGUUCACAGUUGAGGUCCUUGAGGACUUUCGGAUGGACAACCUCGAGUGCAAAACGUCGGCUUAUCAGUAUUACCAAAAGUUGCGAAGACUGACUUCGCCAGCGUUUCCAAAAAAGGUGCUGAACCGCUAUCGUGAAUUGAGAAGGCUUAGUAGAGAAUACAGGGACCUUGUCCUGAGACGACAAUACGGAGAAGGGCAUACAAGAGAAGCGGUGGUCCCUUACUAUCAUCAUUGCCAUGAUUCAUCACCAGAGAGGAUGGGUAUUAAUGUAUCUGAUCCAAUUGACGGCGGAUCUGAUAGUCCGUCUCAAGAAGUCGGAACGUCAACGGACCCGUCUCUGGGACACGGCGGAUUAGAUGGUCCGCCUGCACCACAAAUGACGCGGACCGAGGAUCAUCCCAAAGUUGAAGAUAGGAGAGGGAAGUUGGCCUUAUUCUGCCCCGCCUGUCCACAGCCUGGAAUAAACCUACCUGAUACCUGGAUUGAUGAUGCUGACAGGCAAGUUUUAGUUAUUCUUCAAGGUUAUGUUGCAGAUGGUAAUUUCAAAGCAGAUCACCUCAAUCAGAAAAACGAGGGAGACGAUGUUUGGUUGAGCGUUGGAGAAGGAUACAUGACUGCUCCGGGCCCAUACAAGGAGCACAUCAAGGAAGCAAUUUCUCUUGCUCCACGUUAUAAACGGGAACAAACAUGUCAUAACUACCACGCCCAGAAAGCUGAAAACAGAGUCAGCCCGGGUAAGAGAGUACGUGGAAUUGGGGCACACGCUUGCGCUAGGCACGGAUGCUUCUGUCCAUCCAGCGUUGUCGAUUUUGACAAAGGCGAAAAGCAGAUGCACAUGGAUUGGUCUUUGACUCAGGCCAGGGAAACUACCAACACACAGGGAAUCACAAAACAUUUGGAAAUCUACGAUAUAAACUGUCAAUAUUGCGUUAACUUGGCAAGGCGUCUCUCAGAGUCCACAAAAAUGCAUUGGCCACCUUCUGUUAAAAUGAUUUUUGCAAUUGGUUUAUUUCACGUCCACGGGCACAAGACGGAAUGUCUUUACAACUACGCAUCCACCUAUGUCCCGGGUGUGGGAAUCAUUGACGGAGAAAUCCUGGAGCCGUUGUGGUCCGUGUUAAAUGACACAUCCCGGAGUACACGUUCCGCUACCACUGCCCAUCGAGCAGAGGUUUUGGACGACCACAUGGGGGAUUCCAACUGGAAGAAGACCAUUAAUAUGGCUGCAACAAUUGCUGCAAAGUUCAAACGGGCACGGGAACAGUCCGGAAUCACAGACCGAUUUUAUAGGGGUAUCACGGAUCAACAAGAUUCCGGGCUCAUCAACACUUGGGAAGAUGAAAUUUCAAAAGCAGAAGCGGACCGAGAACAAGGUGUGGCCGACGCUGUUGGCAAGGUAAUGGCAAGCAAAGUGAAAACGGCCGCUGGACGCCAAGAAAUUGAAUUGCAUCUUUCAAAUAUGGAACUUACAUCUAAUGGUGCUACUGGAAAGGCAGCAUGGAUAUCAUCCGGCUUAAAACUGGAGCAAGCGCAAUUGGAGCUCAGGGACCAUGUCAGAAAGCUCGGAAAGCAUCCUUCCACCGCGCAGAAACUUGACUUGGUCAAUAAAUGUCGCUCCAUGCGGACCCGCGUUGAAGCCUUCUGUCGAUCCGCUAUGACCUUCAUGGGCGAAGAUGUCUUGGAGGAUAUUCAAGGGGACAUCGCUCCCAUACUUGACUAUGAAGUCAGUGACAACGACGAUCCUGAUCUUGGAAAUGUCAACAUUACCCGCGCGGAUCCGGAACGACAGCCGCUUCCGUUUCCCUCCGCCGUCAAACAAGAUUUCUUUGACGGCCUUGACGCGGGAACAAACCUCAUUUUAAAAGGGCUUCGCAAACUUGAACUUCAAAUAAGACAUGGCCACGCAGAGGACUGUCUGGAAGCGGUCCGGUCAGCCUUGAUCCAGCUUUCUUGGCAGUAUAAAUAUCAGGUUCGGACCGCCGACUCCGUCUAUAUGGGGACUCGUGCUUGGGAUGGCGUCAAGCUUUUGAAUGCUUCCUGGAAAUUGCACCGGCGACUCUACAACACAAACCGUCAGAAGAUGAUCUAUUUAUCUGCUGGCGUGCGAGACGAGGAUAAUAUUCGGAAACAAUAUCCCAUUCUGCAAGUCCAUGAUUGCAAGCAUAGUAAUGCCGUGUCGGAUCCGAACAUUCACGGAGGAAGCUCGGACCGUCUAAGUUGGAUUUGGAGAUCCCGUCAGGGCCUGGACAAUGAUAAUCAAUUAUACGUUAAUGAGUUCUUUAGGCUAAACUGGCUCCGCGCGCGAGCUCAGAGGAAUAGAUGGCAAGAGGAGCUGGCCUUGACAAAAAAGGAAAUGGAAUGGACUGUCAGAUUUUAUGUGUAUAUGGCAAAGACAUGGCGUGCACGGCAUGAUUUUGUUCCUGACAGAUUAACCAGUUCUUUGAACAUUCUUGUUGUAUCCCAUCUCGUUGAAUUCAUGCACUUACCGCGGCUUUUUAAACCUCCUGUCGAGGACGAACAUCAUCUCCUUACCUAUGAUGAGCGACGUGCUCUGGCCAAAGUUCAUGUCCAUGUUUGUGGUGCACGGAUCCGUGCCGGAUACCAUUUGUUCAUUGCAAACGGAGACUCUGUUUCCUCCGUGCGUCGCCAAAAAUGGAUGUAUUUGCUCGACCUGGAGGUGGCUAUACUGCUGAGAGUACUCGGAUACUGCUAUGUCAAUGGAUUCCAAGUCGAUAUUCCAUUUUUUAUAUCAGAAAUUCUCAAUCAGAGCGUACAUGCCGUUUUGAACCGAACUCCCCACCAUCGAGCUGUUCUAUUUGAAUCUCUAAAUCAAAGCUGGUCAGCAUGGGAAGAUGAUGAAAUUUUAAAUCAGACCAAGAGCUGGGGAUAUUGGUGGAGGGACGGAUUUGCUGAAGGCGAUGAGUGGCAAGUUGCCUUUGUUACCGUUGAAUCGCAAGCAAGAGAAUUUUGGAACAAGGUGGUUCUGCCUGAAUACCAACAAGAGGUACUCCGGCUAAAUAAUCAGAGGAAAGAAGCUAAGGAGGGCGCAAGUUCAUCUACCUCUGGGCCUCCAAGAAAUCAGGAAAACAAUCCCAAGGGCAAGGGAAAGGCGGCUGAACGGACAUCCGUCCCCACCUCGGGGAAGCACGGAUCCGCGUUGACGGGAAAGCACGGCUCCGCGUUUUCACCGCCCACGGGGAAACCCAAUCCGCCGACCCGUGUUGCAAACACGCGGGAUGAAACAUCCCCAAUUGCAAUUUCUGACCACAGACCGCCCUACUGUCCCCGCUGCGGUCAGCCUAUCCUAACGGGCGUAAUGAGGGAGUUGGCUCACCUGCGCCGGAAUGUGGCGGACAAAAUGAAAAAUGCCCAUAAAGCAGUGACUACUUCUUCGGCCGCCUUGGGCAGAUAUUCUGUAUUGGAGAAGAUGUGGAUUGACUCUAAGGAGCACCCGUUCUCUAACGGCAAGGGGCUUUCAGCCAAAUACAAAUUUCAGCAUCCCGUUCACCCUUCUCCUGACAGUUGGGGCGCUAUAACGGCUCAAGCCCGGUCCUUCGAGGUCUCAAAGCUCAAAGUCGCUUCAUUUUACAUCAACGACAUUUUUUAUUCUUUUAUUGCCGUCAAGGAACUACCUUUUCAUCCACUCUGGUAUCAUUCGCCACCCUCCAACACUGCAAAUAUUCAUCUCCCAACAGAUACUCUGCCUACUCCCGGUUCCGUCAGCCCUCCGUCAAAUGCACACACCAGCAAUGCCUUCCUUUUUAACGCAAGGUCAAGACCUGUUUUCCCGGGAGAAGAGGAUGAUAUUGAUAGUACGUCCAAUACCACUGAAUCCUCUACACCAGCUACGUUUUUAGAGCAUCUCGCACAGGACUUUGAAGAGGAGGCGGAUGUGGAGUCUUCCGCCGGUGAUACGACGGAGGAGUCAGAUGCUUCCGGUAACUCGGAAGAGCUUAGCGAGGACGUGUCGGAAACACCCUGGGAUGAGGAAUCUUAG